CCAGCUUUUUGGUAUUGCGUUUUUGAUCACAACCAAAAUAUCCAGAGAUAAAGAAUUCUAUCCUGUUAUCAGAAUAGUCUUUUUUUCCUUCUGGUAUAUUGAAGGUAUCUGUUCCAACCCUGAUAAUGGUGGAAUAUUCAAAUCGACAUGCGAAAAGGCCGCGGGUUAGUGACACAGCUGCUCCUAACAAGGCAACACGAAUUGGUCAGAAACAAGUGAAGUCACGAUGCAAUCCUCAAGAUACAGAAGACAUGAAGUCACUUGUCGCAUCAAAUAAGCUUCCUACCUCUCGCCAUAUAUCAACUAUCAAGUCCUCACAUGACGCCGAUCAGCAAAAUACUUCACGAACUGAAUCUUGGACUCUGUCAGAACCUCUUGCUGGAAGAUAUAAUAACCUAGAUCCUAUCUUUACCGCGGAUGAAAAUUAUCUUUUUCUAGGACUCGAGACAUCCAUUCAUCUGUAUUCUAUCUCAACUGCUCGUGUCGUGCGCUCAUUUCAGCCAGCGCCAGGUCAAACAAUAGUUGGAUGUCGUAUUUCGCCUGGAAAAGGAGAUUAUCUUUAUAUCUUCACGUCAACUGGCGCUGUGAACAAAUGGGACUGGCAGUCUGGGCGACAAGUAUCCCAUUGGGAAACCAAUCGCAAAACUCUUUCCAUCGAGGUAUUCUUCGACCAGAACGAGGAUGACACACAGUUUCAACUGCUUUGUCUCUGUGAGCGCAAUGACGGGAAGAGAGCGAUUACAGCUGUGGAUCUUCGUGAUGGAAAAUCGCAGGAAAAGCUAAUCUUCGAAACGAGCAUUCGAAUCUCUCAUAUCAGAUGUGCAGGACAAAGUCGGGCUAUCAUUGCGUAUCAUGAUAAUCAUCUUCUACUCGGGACUAUGGAUCUUGAUGAAGCGAGUCCUACUACUUCGCAGUACACCUGGAGGGAGUUGACAUUGCCCGUUAAAAUUACCUCGAUGGAUAUUCGUUCCAAAGUGUCCUCAUCUCAACCCAAGGCGGGAACCUCGAAUAGGAGCAGGCAUUGGGAGACCCUUGAUCUUGCUUUGGGAGAAGCAAAUGGUUCUAUAUUGGUUUACCAUGAUGUUUUGAACUCCCUCAACAAGGAGGGUGCAUUGGAGGGUGGAAAGGGCAUGGCGCCAAGGAAACUACAUUGGCAUCGAGAGGCUGUUUGCGCAACUCGUUGGUCCAAAGAUGGUAAUUAUAUACUCUCGGGAGGACACGAGUCUGUCAUGGUUUUAUGGCAACUGGAUUCGGGAAGAAAGCAAUUUUUACCCCACCUUUCUUCCUCCAUUUGCAAUAUUGUGGUUUCUCCGAAUGGGAACUCUUACAUUGUCAAAUUGGCUGACAAUAGUAUCGUGUUGCUGUCGGCAAGGGAGUUGCAACCCUUUAUCACCAUCACUGGCCUACAAAUAAUCCCCAAGGUCAAUAAGCCUAGGCAUCAAACAGUCUCGGCGCGUUCUCCUUCCAUCAUCCCAGCUGUUGCUGUGUUGGACCCCCAGAGACCGGAUCAACUUCUCAUUGCCGUGCCGGCUUCUCACCGAGCCACCGACCAUUCGUCCAAUUCUGUUCUGCAAACCUAUGACCUUCGCACGAGCAGUCAUAUCUCCCGCCAAGCUCUCGCACGUACCAAUGCAACAACUUUGAAUGUAAGCCCGGAGGGCUCAUACAUAGCGGCGUCCGAUAUCAAGCACCUGCAGCUAUCCCAUGACGGAAUAUGGAUGGCUACGGUUGACACAUGGAAUCCUUAUCCACAAGAUCUCGAAUCUUUUGGGAUCGUCAGUCCCAGGACAGGCAGCACAAGCCCACUCUCCGAAGUCUUCCUGAAGUUCUGGAAGCGGGGCAGCUCGUCCGGGAUGUGGGAACUAGUAACCAGGGUUGAUACUCCUCACUUCUCCGUUGAAGGCGCAGCAUCCGUUUUGGACUUAGCUCCCCGGCCCCGAAGUCAUGAGUUUGCGACUAUUGGGUCCGAUGCUGUACUACGCCUCUGGUUCCCUGGUACCAGACAGCGCAGUGGACUAAAGCAAAAUGACAAUGUGGGACAACCAUCAGAAUUCUGGAAAUGUCGCAAUGUUAUCGAUUUGAAAAACUACCUCAAGAGCGAUGGGUCUGAUUGCUUGACUGCAGCUUCUUUAGGUUUUUCGCAGGAUGGCUCGGUUCUUGCUAUUUGCUUGCACUCAGGUCAUUCUACAAAUCCGGGUCUCACGGUCCUCAUUGAUGUACAGAAUUGUGUCGUGCGACAUAGCAAAACGAGUGUGUACUCAGGUACACCUUGCGCGGUUGCGUUCUUUGAAAGCCGCCUCCUCGUUGCCUCGAGCCAUUCAGUCUCGGUUUGGGAUACUGUCAACGACCGUGUAAAGACCAUUGAUCUACAUGGUGAUACUGCUAUUGGCGGGUCACAGCUUUUAGCUGCGAACUUCAAUACAGGUACUUUUGCUGUGGCGCCACAGACUUUGCCGGCCUCUUCGACAUCUAAGAAGGCCCACAAAGCACAAUAUUAUGCCAAAAUCUUCGAUGCCUACUCAUUACGCCUCAUUGCACAAAUGGCACUGCCAAAUUGCCCGCUGGCACUUCUUUCGGCCCAACAUUCAAGCGAUUAUGUUAUCAUAGAUUCAGCAUCUCAUGUCUCGCGCCUGGCUUGUAAUGGUACAACAAUUCAAGCUACUGGGACUCGAGACCUGGACAUCCAUCUCAAUUCAGGGCUCGCAAAUUUGUUCGGUCAGGGUCGCGAUCGCACCUCACGCUCAGUUGCUACUACGUCGACGGACCACGCCUUAUCGAACACUCAAGGGCUGGCUACUGUUUUCGGUGAUGUGCCUUCUUUCGUUCAACCUCCCGCAAAUAUCCUUUUCCAGGAUGUUGUACAAGCCCUUGCUAGCUGAAUUGGUCAGUCGACCUUUUAUUUCAUGAUUUAUCAAUCAAGUUCGGCCUUUUUGCAUGUACAGCAUAUGUCCUUGAUAGACACUCGUAUAUGGAAGUGUGCCUUCGCUUUACAUUGUUCCAGAGGUUUUUUGUUUUAUGGAGAUUGGCAGGAAACCAUACACUUGCGGAGUGGAAUGGAGGGUAUCCUGUCGCCUCGCAAUAUUACCCAAUGGCCUAUUACCGCUUCAUGUAAUACAGUAGUACAG